AUAUAGUCGACUUUUCUAUGGUUUACAUGAGCACUGUGCAUGGCGUUAAAGGAAAUGUCGAUUUAAGCCAAAGUGGUCGCUGUUUGAAAUUUUGCUUUCAAAUUAUCAUGAGCUUAAUGUUUAACCAAACGCAAGAUUCAGUUUUGACCUAAAGUGUAAUCAUGCAAAACUACGGCAGGACCUCGUUUCUCCUUUCUUUUGUUUCAGCUUUGAACCAAUCUAUUUUUCUCGAAACAACAAGAAGACAGACACUGAACUAAAUUAAUCAUUAUACCAGCGUAAACAUCAACGAAUUUAGUAUAUUCUUUACUGAGUCUGUUCAUGCAAUUUCUUGCAGUAUUUUGUCGUAUUUUACACAGGCAAUGUAGUGAACACUCAGGCUAGGACCUUUGGUUGUCUUGUCGCAUAGUUGCCGUGGUUCUGGGAGGAAGAUGGAGCUCGGCGGUAGAUUAUUGAAUGUUAUUUAUUACUACUUUACGUAUUAAAAUCUGCAAUAAUGUUGCUUUUACAUGUUUGCAUAUGUAAAAGCAUAGGCUAGCUGUGUGCAGUUACAGAGAUUGCGUUUUUUUACAGCCAAUAAAAGCUCAUUAAUGUUUUGUAUUUGUUCCAUCAUACGGUUUCGGCAUGCCUCAAAAGCUUUUAAAGAGUGCCCAUUACAUAGAACUGGGAAGCUACCAGUACUGGCCAGUUCUUGUUCCAAGAGGAAUCCGCUUGUUCACCUAUGAGCAAAUUCCUGUGUUCCUUAAAGAAAACCCAUAUAUAACAGAUGGUUACAGAGCUUACUUACCAUCAAGACUGUGCUUAAAAAGCCUUUUUAUCUUGUCCAAUGAGACUGUGAAUAUCUGGAGUCACCUUCUGGGAUUCUUACUCUUCUUCACAUUGGGAGUUUAUGAUAUGAUAGCAGUGCUGCCUACAGCAGGAGCCUCCGGAGAAGACUAUGUCAUCUAUUCCAUAGGACUUUUCUGCUUUCAGGUUUGCAUGCUGUGCUCUGUUGGUUAUCAUCUGUUCUGUUGCCAUCGAUCUGAGAAAACAAGUCGCCGUUGGAUGGCUUUAGAUUAUGCUGGAAUCUCAAUUGGAAUCCUUGGCUGUUAUGUUCCAGGAGUUUUCUAUGCCUUUUACUGUAACAAUUAUUGGAGGCAAGUAUACUUGAUUACAGUCCUGGCAAUGAUCCUGGCAGUGUUCUUCGCUCAGAUCCACCCUCAUUACCUCACUCAGCAGUGGCACAGACUACGCUCUAUCAUCUUCUGCUCUGUUGCUGGCUAUGGAGUCAUUCCAACAAUCCACUGGGUAUGGCUCAAUGGAGGCUUUAGUGCCCUUAUUGUUCAGGCAUUUGUUCCCCGAGUACUAGUGAUGUACUUUAUUGCUGCUUUGGCGUUUCUCUUUUAUAUUUCCAAAGUUCCAGAACGAUAUUUUCCAGGGCAUCUUAACUACCUGGGCUCCAGUCAUCAGGUGUGGCACAUUCUUGUAGUGCUCAUGUUUUACUGGUGGCACCAGACUGCAGUGUACAUCAUGCAAUACCGACACAGCCAGCCAUGCCCUGACUUGUCAGUGCACUCAUAACAUUGGAACCAAGUGCUUGUCUACCGUGAUGUCAGGGCUGAAUGAAGCUGUUUCCCGACGUGUAGCCCAAAAUAUGCCAACCUAUAGUACCCUGUCUACAAAUCUUAUGUAAAUUAUGUUUAUGGCUUAUUCACUCUGUAGAAUAAGAGUCAGUGCAGUCUGCUGUGCAAAGAUAAUGUCUAAAACAGUAACAAACCUUCAAGCACUGGGCAAGCCUUUUUUCUGAGAAUUGCUCGGAAUUGGUCUUCAUUACUGUGUAGGGCACUGUUUCUUCAGUAUUCAAAAUCAAAUAAUUUAUGUACAAAUUAUUUUGUACAUGCUACCAUUAUGUUCAGUCUCAUGAUAACAAAAUAUCCUUGUAAUAUUAAGUACUUCAAGCAUUUUAAUCAAUUUAAUUAAUCAUUUUCAUCACCCCUUUCAAAAUUGGUCAGAAUUGCUGUAUUUUGCCACUGAAGAUCAAUGAAGUUGUUUACCACAUUAGUGUACCAAUAAAUAAAGUUAAAAAGACCUACAGUAUCUCAAAA